AUGGACCGAGUCCUCCCGACAGAAAUUUGGAUGCAAGUGCAUGCGCUAGCAUGUACAGACGACGGAAGGACGGGUCGCUCGCUGUCCUUGGUUUCUCGGCGCUUCAACGAGAUCUCAAGGCCGUACAAAUACCAAUCUUUGGCGGUCGUGCGAUCGAAGCAAAUUCUCGCGCUUGAAUCCCGCCUUUCCCAGCUCCAACCCGAAUUCAAGCAGGUUAGAUUCCUGUUUGUUCACUGCCCUCACCUCUUUUUGGACGUUUCAGACGAUGAGAGCGAUGACGAAUAUCAGGCGAUGGAGGGGACUGAUAUGGAAGAGGAUAGUACAUCUGACGGAACCAGCUAUGAAGGGGAGAUGAGUAUCGACGAAGAAGAGGAUAUGCUUGAUGAGGCGGUCGAUUUGAUGAGGCUGCAGGGGGGUUCACCUUCAAUUGUCUCAGUCAACCUGGACGACUUGUCGGAGCCUUCGAUAUUCCACAAAGAAAUGAACAAGGGGGACACCAUCGUUCUAAGAUCAUUUCGCGCUCUGUUGGCAGCUAUCUCGCCAUCGCUCGAAAUCCUUUCCGUACACUGGUCGUCAUUCGAGCCCCUACUUCUUGAAGAACUCUUCCCUGUCCUCCCAGUUCUCAGAGAGCUCCAUCUCCGUCGAAACUUCACCUCCGACGAUGAGGUCGAACCGGAAACCGAAGAUUUCUGUCUCUCACUUUUCCCAGCUCUUCGGCGGCUUCAUAUUUCUGGAUACCUAGAUCAGAGACCGAUGCACUUUGGUGCAUGCCUUGGUGUGCUGUCUCCUGUCCUAACCCAUCUUCGUUUGCCGGGAUAUCACCUUCACCUGCGGACAACGAUAUCUCCGUGGCUCCCGUCAAACGUCAUGACUGUCAUCGUCGAGCAGAUACCGUUUCAUCUAGUGCAUGCGGGUCAAGAAGCCUUAUCGCAACUCGUCUUCGGAUCACAGACCACUUCAAGGGAACUUCACAUCGUUCCCCUAACACCUGAUUCGCCGGAGGGGUGGAAACGGCUUUGGCUGGAGAGGGUUCAUGGGAGAGAUGGGUGCUGGUUUGACUAG